AUGGCUUUAUUUUUUGGUGAUAUCAUCGAUGUGAUUGGUCGAAAUGUGAACAACGGAGACAGUGUUGGGGUAGUCUCCGAGGUUUGUUUGAAAUUUGUCUACCUUGGACUUGGGACACUAGUAGCAGCUUUUCUUCAGGUGGCUUGUUGGGUAAUUACGGGAGAGAGACAAGCUGCAAGGAUAAGAAAUUUAUAUCUGAAAACGGUUCUAAGACAAGACAUUGGAUUCUUCGACGUCGAAACAAGCACAGGAGAAGUUAUUGCUCGAAUGUCUGGUGAUACUGUUCUUAUACUAGAUGCUAUGGCGUUUGUGAAAGGAUGGUUACUUACACUUGUUAUGUUAACCUCAAUUCCUCUUCUAGCUGUGGCUGGUGCAGCUAUGUCAAUUAUGUUUGCUAAAGCUUCUUCUCAAGAACAAGCUGCUUACGCAAAAGCAUCGACAGUUGUGGAACAAACUUUCGGGUCUAUUCGAACCGUUGCUUCUUUUACGGGAGAGAAGCAAGCCACGAGUAGCUACAAAGAGUUGAUAAAUAUGUCGUAUAAAUCGAGUGUUAAGCAAGGUUUCUCUACGGGUUUAGGGUUUGGAGUAAUGUUCUUGGUGUUCUUUUUUUGCUAUGCUUUGUCUAUAUGGUCUUUAGGCCAAACAGCAUCUUGUCUAACUGCAUUUGCAGCUGGUCAAGCUGCAGCUUAUAAGAUCUUUGAAACGAUCAAAAGAAAUCCGUUGAUUGAUUCUCUUGACCUAAAUGGGAAAGUUUUUUUAGAAGAUAUCCGAGGCAAAAUCGAGCUGGAGGAUGUGUGGUUCAGUUACCCUGCUAGGCCUAAAGAAGAGAUAUUUGGCGGAUUCUCUCUAUUGAUUCCGAGUGGCGCUAGUGCUUUGGAGUUUCAGUUGAAAUGGAUUAGAGGAAAGAUUGGAUUGGUUAGCCAAGAACCGGUUCUGUCUUCUUCGAGUAUAAUGGAGAAUAUCAGGUAUGGAAACGACAGUGCAACAGUUGAAGAGGUUAAAACAGCGGCGAAGCUAGCAAAUGCGGCUAAUUUCAUCGAUAAGUUGCCUCGGGGUUUAGAGACAAUGGUAGGGCAACAUGGAACUCAGCUCUCAGGAGGACAAACACAGAGGAUUGCAAUCGCGAGGGCGAUAAUUAAAGAUCCUCGCAUCUUGCUGUUAGAUGAAGCGACAAGUGCUCUUGAUGCGGAAUCCGAAAGAACUGUUCAAGAGGCUUUAGAUAGGGUAAUGGUGAACCGGACUACUCUGAUUGUCGCCCAUCGGUUAAGAAAUGCUGAUAUGAUUGCUGUGAUUCAUCGAGGAAAGAUAGUUGAAGAAGGUUCACAUUCCGAGUUACUCAAGGAUCAUGAAGGGGCUUAUUCACAGCUUAUUCGGUUACAAAGAGAUAAACAAAGAGCCGAAACAAUUGGAGAUUUCUAA